GAGGAGGCAUUGGCCACCGCCGCCGCCGCCGCGGCUCCGUUCCUGAGGGACUCCCGCCGCGGAGGGCUUCUCCCGGGGAUGGGCAACACGGAGAGCGGGGAGCCCGGCGGCGGCGGAGGAGGAGGAGGCGGAGGAGGGGGCGGUGGGUCCGUCCUCAUGCCUCCCCCGCCGGGGAAGGUGCCCAUGCCGGACCAGGGGGAGCUGGAGGAGAGAUUCGCGCUGGUGCUGAGCUCCAUGAAUCUCCCUCCUGAUAAAGCCCGUCUCCUGCGGCAAUAUGACAAUGAGAAGAAAUGGGACCUUAUUUGUGACCAGGAAAGAUUUCAGGUGAAGAACCCACCUCACACAUACAUCCAGAAACUGAAGAGUUUUCUUGACCCAGGAGUCACACGGAAGAAGUUCCGUCGAAGAGUACAGGAAUCCACCAAAGUACUGAGGGAGCUGGAGAUCUCUCUAAGGACCAACCACAUUGGAUGGGUACGUGAGUUUCUUAAUGAUGAAAACAAAGGCUUGGAUGUGCUGGUGGAUUAUCUUUCCUUUGCUCAAUGUGCAGUGAUGUUUGAUUUUGAGGGUCUGGAAAGUGGCGAGGAUGGAGCGCUAGAGAAGCUGAAAUCCUGGAGCAGGUCCAUAGAGGAUCUGCAGCACCCCAGCACCCUGUCCGCUCCCUACGCCAACAGCCUUGCUCGCUCUGCGCGUCAGUCUGCUCUCCGAUACACCACCCUUCCUAGCAGGAAAGCCCUGAAGAACUCGCGGCUGGUGAGCCAGAAGGAUGAUGUCCACGUGUGCAUCCUGUGCUUACGGGCCAUCAUGAAUUACCAGUAUGGAUUCAAUCUGGUCAUGUCACAUCCCCAUGCUGUUAAUGAGAUUGCCCUCAGCUUGAAUAAUAAGAACCCCAGGACAAAAGCCCUGGUAUUAGAAUUGCUGGCAGCUGUCUGUUUGGUGCGGGGUGGCCAUGAGAUUAUUUUGGCUGCUUUUGAGAACUUCAAGGAGGUGUGCAAAGAACAACACCGUUUUGAGAAACUGAUGGAAUAUUUCCGCAAUGAAGACAGCAAUAUUGACUUUAUGGUAGCUUGUAUGCAGUUCAUCAACAUUGUGGUGCACUCGGUUGAAGACAUGAACUUCCGAGUGCACCUGCAAUACGAAUUCACCAAGCUUGGUCUGGAAGAGUUCUUACAGAAGUCAAGACACACAGAAAGUGAAAAGCUGCAAGUGCAAAUCCAGGCUUACCUGGAUAACGUGUUUGAUGUGGGUGGGCUACUGGAGGAUGCCGAGACCAAGAAUGUGGCACUGGAGAAAGUGGAGGAGCUAGAAGAACACUUAUCCCAUUUGACAGAAAAGCUGCUGGAUCUGGAGAAUGAGAACAUUAUGCGGGUGGCAGAGCUGGAGAAACAGCUAUUACAGCGGGAGAAGGAACUGGAAAUUGUCAAGGAAACCUAUGAAAGUGCCAGCAACCAGGUGCAUACUCUGCGCAGGAUCAUCAAGGAGAAAGAGGAGGCUUUCCGGCGUCACUACACCUCGCAUCCAACAGGGGUCGAUCACUUGCCACUGCCACCCCCUCCAGAGGUGGAGAUCAACUUCAACGACAUUCCUGAGGAUGACCUCCGUCUCCCAGCUUUGCCUCCCAUGGAGGCUGCCCCUCCACCUCCGCCUCCUCCACCUCCUCUUCCUCCACCCCCUCCUCCGCUCCCAGAUAAGUGUCCACCGGCCCCACCACUCCCUGGUACAUCGCCAUCCAUGAUCCUCACUAUGGGAUUAUCAGCAAUCCGGAUUAAGAAGCCCAUUAAGACCAAAUUCCGCUUGCCAGUCUUUAACUGGACAGCACUGAAACCUAACCAGAUCAGUGGCACGGUCUUCAGUGAACUGGAUGAUGAGAAGAUCUUGGAGGAUCUUGACCUUGACAAAUUUGAAGAGCUCUUUAAGACCAAAGCCCAGGGCCCUGCCAUUGACCUCCUCUGCUCCAAGAACAAGGCAUCCCAUAAAGCUGCCAAUAAGGUCACCCUGCUGGAAGCCAACCGGGCCAAAAACCUGGCCAUCACAUUACGCAAGGCGGGCAGGACCACAGAGGAGAUUUGCAAAGCCAUCCACACGUUUGACCUGAAGACACUACCGGUGGAUUUUGUGGAGUGUCUCAUGCGCUUCUUGCCGACAGAGAAUGAGGUAAAGCUGCUGCGUCAGUAUGAGAAGGAGCGGAAGCCACUGGAAGAGCUGUCGGAUGAGGACCGCUUCAUGCUGCACUUCAGCAAGGUGGAGCGCUUGACGCAGCGUAUGGCCAUAAUGGCCUUCCUGGGCAACUUCAGUGAAAAUAUCCAGAUGCUCAUGCCGCAACUCAGUGCCAUCAUCGCCGCUUCAGCAUCUGUCAAAUCUUCACAGAAGCUCAAGCGUAUGCUGGAGAUUAUCCUGGCCCUUGGCAAUUACAUGAACAGCAGUAAACGUGGUUCAGUAUAUGGUUUCAAACUGCAGAGCCUUGAUCUGCUGUUGGACACUAAGUCGACGGACCGAAAACUGACACUCCUGCAUUUCAUUGCUAUGAUGGUGAAGGAGAAAUACCCAGAGCUGAGUACCUUCUGGCAGGAACUUCACUUUGUGGAGAAAGCAGCUGCAGUAUCCUUGGAGAAUGUGCUGCUGGAUGUCAAAGAACUGGGACGUGGAAUGGAGCUGAUCCGGCGGGAGUGCAGCUUGCACGAACACAGCAUCCUGCGCAGCUUCCUGAGUGCUAAUGAGGGGAAGCUGGACCGACUGCAGAAGGAUGCCAAGACUGCAGAGGAGGCCUACAACACAGUUGUACGCUACUUUGGUGAGAGCCCCAAGACAACACCGCCAUCAGUUUUCUUCCCAGUAUUUGCACGGUUCAUCAAAUCCUACAAGGAUGCUGAGCAGGAGAAUGAGCUGCGCAAGAAACAGGAACAAGCCCAAAGGGAACAGGCACUGGCCCAAGAAGCCAAGAGGCUGGAGAAGUUGCCUUUGCAGCGCAACAAGUGGCAGCAGCAAGAGUUGAUUGCUGAACUGAGGAGGCGCCAGGCCAAGGACCACCGUCCUGUAUAUGAAGGCAAAGAUGGAACCAUUGAGGAUAUUAUCACAGAGUCCUGCAUGCCCUGCCUUUCCAACUGGCUAAUGCUGCAUCCCAAAGGCCAAGCCUUGUUCAAUUUUGCCAAAGAAACAACAGCCAUCCUUUCCAAGAUUUUAUUUUUUCCAAAUGGACGAACCAAAGGGACAAUUAGGAAGUGCCUUACUGCGACAGUAUUAUUUUUAUUCUCUUGUUAUUUAAGAUGUAUUUUUUUAAUCUGUACAUACAUGAUCAUUCAGUCCUUGCUCCUGCUAUCUCUUGCUGAGUCAGUUCUGAAAGACAAGACUGUCUUUUGGCUUUUUGGAAGUGCCUUUGGCCAGCAGGAAGCUGAUGCCUCCCUUCUGUGAGUGUCAGUCCUUUGUGUUGCCGGACCAGAAUUGCACUUUGACCUUUUCCAUAACAUGUCUUUAAGUGGAUGGAGACAAUGAUAAACUGUUUCAGUAGCAGCAGACAUUGGCAUUGAGUGCUAGUCUUGCGGACCAACUGCUGUUUUUCAAGAGCCAUCUUCAGCAAUACUGUGGUCUUCUCAGAGCAAGUCAUGAGCUGUCCUGAGGAGUUCACAAGUGAAGCUUUGAAAAACCACUGGAACUCUUCUUCAAAACAAAAAAACCAAGCUUUCAGACCAAAAUUCUUAUGUCUCAACUGCACAAUAUAACUGUGGUGUUGGCACCAGCAGGGAAAUGACUGUGGGGAGCCAACGUUAGACAAAUGUUACAGAGAUCCUGGGCAGGUUACAUCUGGCAUUGUCCAAAACACACACAUGCACACACAAAAUAAUAUUACUAUUUUCCAAAGGACCAAAUUUUGCUUCCAAUUCAUGUAUGGUAUUGUAUAAACAGCUAUCUUCUCAAUUGCUAAACCACCAAUGCUGCAAAUUCUCCUGGCCAAAUCUAGGACAACUGCCAAAUGGCUCAUUGAAGCCCUCAACUACCGACACGCUGUGAAAAAGCACCAAUGCUUAAAUAAUCUCUGGAUGCCAUCCUCAGGGAGGAUAUUUCAGUGCUGAAGACAUUUUGAUACCUGGGUUGGAAAAUUUAAAUUGUAGACUAACAAUUCUCCUCAUGAACCUGGAUGCUCCAAAGCAAGUCACCAAUUAAAAACAGCAAGUGAGAUUUUUGUACAAUUAGAACUAUGUUGAGUGAAAUUCAUUGCCUACAGAGAAAAUGGACACAGGACAAGUGGAGUAACAAAAUGGCAUUUUUACCACUAUCUAGAAACCACUGGGCAGCAGUUCUCCAGUGCAUGACUUGUUUGAAAUGAAUGGAAUGAAUCCCUUUAAAUUUCACUGAGUCUUGUACUGUAAUAUUCCAGUAGAUGUUACCUCACAAUUCAGACUGGUUACAUUCCCCACUCUUCCACUUGGAAAGUUGCCCGAAAUCUGCUGCCAUAUCUUACUACAUGGUAAGACUACCUCUAGCCCCUGUAUCAUUUACAACAGCUGCUCCACUGAUGCCUAAAGUUUGUCCUGUGGCUUUGGAUGUUUCUUGAGACAAUCAGAACAAGAGGACUUGCUUUAUCCCUUCGUAACCUGCUUGGAAUUUCUUUCUUCACCUGGUCUGUGUUUUUUUGCCUAUAAGAUAUUAGAGCUACAGAAGCCAUUAGGAUGAAGCCAUUGGACAAUGAAAAAGGAUUGCUUCUUCUUCAGUUUUUUUAAUUCAGGGAAGCAAUGGGUUCCAGUCCAACCACCUUGGGAUUUUAGCCACUUUUCUGGAACCAGGAACCAAUCAGAUUAUCCUUCCCCAAACUGUCCCUUCCGAUAUAUUGAGCUACAACUCCCACUAGCCCCUGAUAGCACUCAGAGUUGGGAAUGAUGGAAGUCAUACUUCAAAAGAAUGUGUCAGGUCAUAGUUGAGAAAGGUUACUCCACCAGAACACUCUUUUGGUAGAACAGGCUCUCUAACAAGGUAUGAUGAAAUCUUUGUUCCUAUGUUAAGUUCUGAAUGCACAACCAUAUUUGUUUGCAAGACCAACUCAGGUGAGGAGGCCUUUAAAAAAAAAAAACCCAAAAACCCAGACUGUUAACAUGUGCUUUCCCUUCCCUCCAUUUCAUAUGGUCACUGUGAAACACAAUUUUCAACCCCAUACAAGAUCCUUUUCAUAGUAGAAUGCUUCACUAUAACUUCGGUCCCAAAAGACUCCAGAAAGGUGAUCAGGAUUGCCAAAGCCCUGUAGCAUGCCUUCUGUACAUAAACUAUGUCAUAGCACUGCAGUGGCUGCUGUUAGAAACUGGAUACCUUAUGGCUGAUACCAACAUGCCCCAUGAAAAUGUGGCUCCAUGGAUUAGGCCUCUCUGUUGGGUUUGCACUUGUGGACUUGAAACCUUCCUAAAGACCACCUGAAAUCUAGUUUAGGAAAGAGUCCUGGAGCCAAGGUCUGUGAUUCAGGGGUGAUCAAUGGCACUGGAAGAACAUAGACUUUGCAUGCCUCAGUCUCCUGGUUUAGUCCCCCCGAGUCUUCAUGUAAAAAAGAUCUCUGGUAAAAGUCCUGGAAAAAUAUCUCUACCUGAGACCUUUGAAUGCUGCAGCCAGUUAGAGCAGCCAAUAAUAGGCUGUGUGGGCCAGGAACAUGACAAGUCAGAUAUAGAUAUGUUCACUUAGAAGGAGACCCAGCCCUUUUCACUGAGGUUUAGAACAGGGAUGCUGAACCUUUGCUUUCCAAAUGUUUUGCUUUAAAAUGUUCAUCAAUUCCCCCUAGCAUCACCAGUGAUAAAGAAUUGCAUGCGCAGCUGUCCAGAAUUUUUGGAGGGCCAAACUUUCUGUACCCCUGAUUAAAAACAUGAUGCAGCAGAGCUGAGGGAUGUUACAGAAUUUUGCAGCUCUGUGAUGAAGAAUGUUAUUUUGUCCAAAGCAUUGUCAGGCCCUAGACCACUUUAUUUUACAUGACUUUACCAUCUUCCUUCCCUUCCUUCCUUCCUUGUCACUGAAUGCUGGAUAUAUUUUGCCUUUUAUUUUUUGCCUUCCCUCUUCAUCAGCAUCAGUGCUGUGAACACACAGUAAUCAUUACAUUGUCUUGUUCAAAGGAAGAGUGAGUGUAUGAGUGAGUGCCUAUGUGAUGGAUACUUUCAAGGACUUGAGCUUGCUCCUUGAAAACUUGUUUUCCUCCUCAUGGGACAAUUGUUCAAGGCAAGCUGGGUGUGAAACCUGGUGUUGUUAAAGAUGCAACUGUCUGCUUUGUCCUGUGAUGAUACCCUUUAUAGUUCUGUUAAAGUGAUAAUAAGUUUUUGGUGGGUAUUUCAGGCUAUGUGACUGUGUUCUGAAAGAGAUUAUUCCUGGUGUUUCGCCAGUAUCUGUGGCUGGCAUCUUCAGAGAAUGCUGGCAUGGAAGUGAGUGGGGUAUAUAUACUGUGUGACCU